CGGCGGGCGGUGCCGUGGCCGAAUCCCGGGGCGGAGGGCAGCAGGGAGGCCGGGCUGGCCUGGAGGGCUCUGGAGCCGAGGGCGCGCAGCGUGAACGCCUCGGAACCCCUUCGGCGGAGCGCGGAGCUCCCGUCGGCCGCCCGGGGAAGCAGCUGGGGCUGGGGAGUCCCGGCUGGCCGUGGAUUCCUCCGGGCGCCUCCUUUGUCUGAGGAAAGCAAGAGAAGGGGGAACCAACUGGGAAGGCUCGGAUGGGAAAUGAGGCCGUGGAAGCGAUUUUUAACCGUUGCUGGUUACUGUGAAUCGGUCUUGCGCCCAUCCUGAAAGGUUCCUCCCCCGGGCGGGCUGUCAGAGAUGUGGCUUCCGAGGCUCUUUCCUCGGGCGGGCCUAUUUUCCAAUGAAACAGAUCGAGACAGGAAGAUCAUUUUAUUAAAUUUGAACCUUCUGCCCAAAACCGAUUCUUUCGUUCAAAGAGGGAACCCAAAGACCAGCUCUCGGUCCCUUUGAUCAAAGAAAAUGCAAGAGAAGAGUUGAUUGAACAGAGCAAAAAUAACCCCUCCUUUGCACUGUAAAUCAGGUACAUGGAGUUAAACAUUGCAUGUGACAACACAUAUGUCCAUUUAAAUGAGGUCUGACAAAAGUGUGGGUGUAAAAUUUGUUAGGGUUAGUCAAAUUAAAUACAAAAUAACCAUGUUAGUUAGCAAGUACAACAAUACUACAAAGUCAAUGUUGGUACUACAAAAUCCAUCCUUUGUAGCCCUCAGCCCAAAACAUGAACCACUCUAUCUAAAUCACUGGUCACUGGUGAGAAAGAGCCCUUGCCUCAGAUUUAGGUGCCUUGCUCCCCUGGAGAAAUCAUCAUCUCGAAGGAGGUGGGCAGGGCUGUUUAAUAAACAGCCCUGUUUAUUAAAUUAAUUUAAUUUAAUAAAGAAGCUGUUUAAUUUGCUGUGCAAACUCUCUCAGCCCUACAUGCCCUUCCCCUAAAAUUCCAUAAAGGGAGGUGGCUGGAGUCAGUCUUUAAGCAUCUUAAAGUCUUGCUUCAACAAGAUAAGGCUGCAUAUAAAUUUAAUAAAUCAAUAAAUAAGGCUCCCCGACUUCAUUCCAAACUUUGCAAAUGACACCAGACUCCCUGUUUCUUCCAAGAUUUAACUGAUGCUCCAUGGCAUUUAACCUGUUUCUGAGUACAUGUUAAGCCAUGGUUUUCACCAGUGUAGUUUACAGAAUGAAUCCCUAUUAACUGGGUUUAAGGGAUAAAUUAAGUCAUAAAUUAUGGGCUGUAAACUAAGAAGGCUGGUUUAAUAAUCCAUGCAUAAAACGAACACUUUGAUUAUGGUUAAGUUGGUAAUAAAAAACCUCCAACUCCUUGAGAUGCUUGUUUUCUGCACAUGAGGAGCUAACAGGUCACAAAAUAGUUGGCUAUUUUCACAUACCCUGCUCUGUUUCUGUCAUCAUUUUCUCAGUUUCUCUCUUACAAAAGGGUCAGGGGUUGUUUUUCCGCACCUGCCAGCUGGAGCUCAGGGGACCAGAGGGUUCUUUGUGUAUGUGAAUUAUACCACUUCCUUUAAUUGUAUAAGUGCCUCCAUAUCCUGCUGUUUUCUUUAAUCAGCAUUAACAUGAGUGGACUCUUUUUUUCAAUUUUUUUCAAAUUUUAUUAAAGUUCGUUAUACAAUAAAAAGAAAAAAGAAACAAACACUCAGGAGCCUGAGUGGUGUAGGAGGCUAAUGCCUCCUAAGGCAGCAUUUAACAUCCAGCUGCCUGCAAUUACUGCGAGUUCAAUUCUCCCCAGGCUCAAGGUUGACUCAGCCUUCCAUCCUUUCUAAGGUGGGUAAAUUGAGGCCCCGGUUUGUGGGGGCAAUAAGCUGAUUUUGUAUAAAUAUACAAAAGUAUGAAGGCUAUUGCUUAACGCAUUGUAAGCCGCCCUGAGUCUCCGGAGAAGGGCGGCAUAUAAAUCAAAUGAAAAAAAAAGGUAGAGAGAUCAAAGAAGGAAAAAAAGAGGUGAAAAGAGAAAGACAAAAAGUAGUGACUUUUCCCAACUUUUUUCAGUGCAGUAACAUAAAAAAAAUUACAUCUUCAAUCUUUUUGUUUUACAAUUACUAUAUAUUUCAAUCCAUUUCUAUAACAACAAAGUCAUUCUACUUAUCAAAACCUAAAAUCAAAGUUUCAGUGUUUUCAUUUUUGAACAAAAAGCCCAGAAGUGGUUGCCAGCGUGGACUUGCCUGUUUAGGCAACAUUCCUAGUCCUCAUUGUCCUUCUGUUCCAGGGCCUGUGAGGCUUUCCUCAAGUAUGGAAUUCAAUGCAGGGCUUUCCAAAGUCAUUGCUCGAUGGUAACUUUUGCGUGGCCUCCUCCAUUUUGCUUGCUCCUCUCUUACAGGUUGGGUGGCUGAGAGGGAGACCCCACGAUGGAGGAGAGGAAGAAGAAGAGCCCCAAGGCUCACCUCAGCCAACCGGUGCCUGCAAGUGCACUGCGCAAGCUGCCUGGCCCGGCCAGUAAGAGUGCCUCUUUCUCGCUGGGGACACCACACCUCCCAUCUCCGAGGCCAAGAGCCAAGUUUAAGAGAGCAAGCAAGGAGACAUCACGAGUUCCUCAGCUUGGGGGCAAUGCGGGGUCUGUGGUGAGCACCCCCCUGCAGCAUUCGUUCCUGACUGACGUCUCUGAUGUGUAUGAGAUGGAAGGGGGUCUCCUUAACCUGCUGAAUGAUUUCCAUUCAGGGAAGCUGCAAGCUUUUGGCAGAGAAUGUUCUUUUGAGCAGCUGGAACACGUGCGGGAGAUGCAGGAGAAACUUGCCCGCCUGCACUUCAGCCUGGAUGUCUAUGUGGAGGAACUUGUGGAAGAUCAGAAGAAAACCGUGGCUGACAGGAAUCUGGACCAGCUGCUGACCAAUCUGGAAGAACUCAGCAAUUCCAUACAAAAGCUUCACCUGGCUGAAAAUCCUGAUGUGGAAGAAGCUCCCAACGCCUAGAAGAGGCAUCGGGAAGGGCCAGGCCAGCCCCCUUCUGACGAGGCCUCAAGAAAGAUGUCCCACAAGGAUGUCUGGCAGCUGUGGGGAACAGAUGAAUUCCAACAGUAUCAAACGUGAAGGCAACUGGGGAACAUUUGUGCUGAGAUGAUUCUUGAGAACACGAUCUAUCCCUGCAACCCCCACCCCCCUCCAAUCUCCCGGGCUGGGGACGUGCAGAAGAAGGAGCAGGCUGAGCUGCUUGGUUUGCUUGUCGCAGGCUGUCAAGUCAGAAAAGCCUCUUCAGCCGGGAGCCACCGCAGAACCAGAUGGAGAGACCUUCCGCUCAGCAGUGGGGAAGCAGGGAAUUCCAUCCCAGAAACUAUUUGGAUCUUCUAUUAGCCUGUUUCCAGAAGGCUUUGUCUGUUGCUGGAAUUGGGGACGUAACCUUCGUAACCGAUUUCUAGGGAGAAGAGGCCUGCCUUGAGUUCACUCCUAAUUGCGGACUCUGAGCCAUCAAUGUGGUGCCGAGAGCGCUUAAGCCAGGAGUCUUGGUCAUAAAAGAGAAACACAUUUGAAAUCGC